CGUCGGCUCUGGCAAGAUGGCGGCGGCGGCGGCCGCCUAUGAUGGCGAGCGGGAGGCAGCGGUGGAGGCAGACGGGGUGCUGCCUUCAGAGGUGGAAGUCUUAGAAUCCAUCUACUUGGAUGAGCUGCAGGUGUCUAAAGGAAAUGGCAGGGUCGUGCCCUGGGAAAUCUUAAUCACCCUGUAUCCAGCAACUGCUGAAGAUCCGGACUCACAGUAUGUCUGCUUCACUCUUGUGCUCACUGUGCCCACUCAGUAUCCCAAUGAAGUGCCAAAGAUAGAUAUCCGGAAUCCUCGAGGGCUAUCAGAUGAGCAAAUCCAGAAGAUAUCUCAGACACUGCAACAUCUUGCUGAGGAACAUCUGGGUACAGCUGUUCUCUAUGAGCUAAUAGAGAAGGGAAAGGAAAUCCUCACAGACAACAACAUCCCUCAUGGGCAGUGUGUGAUUUGCCUGUAUGGCUUCCAGGAGAAUGAAGCUUUCACCAAGACUCCAUGCUACCACUACUUUCACUCGCGUUGCCUUGCCAGUUACGCAGCACACAUGGAAGAGGAGAUCUGUGCACAGAGGAGGGAGAGAGAGCAGAGUUUGACAUCUUUACCAAAAGAGGAAGUUGAAGUGCAGUGCCCGGUGUGCAGGGAGCCUCUGGUGUAUGACCUUGCAACACUGCAAGCAGCAGCACCACCUCAGCAGCCAAUGGAGGUAUACUGCCCUGAUGCAAAGACAUUGCAGCACAGAGAACAAAUGCGCCUCAUCUACCAGAAACAGCAGGAGAAAGGUGGCAUCAUUGACCCUGAAACAGAGAGAAACCGCUAUUUUAUCAGCCUGCAAAAGCCCCCAGCUGAACGUGCAACCAUCUCAGAAGGUGUCACAAGUGCUGAGAAGCAACUGGGCCCUCUAACAGCCUCAGAACAUACUCUAGGAACUGCAAAGGCUGCACCAGAGAGGAAUGAGUCUGAAAAGUCAGAGAGACCAUCUUUCCCUUUGCAUCACCAUAACAAGGGAGAGAGGACUCGAGGGGAGAGGCCAUCUUUUCGAGGCCCAGGCCAGCAACUGUACUGCAAGCCUUUGGAGGGACCAUCAGAAACUCGCUGUCUCAUCAACGUUGAGGGAGAAUCCAAAGCCUUCCGUUGGAGAUCCCACUGUAAGAAUGAAAGAGGAAACUGUGGAAGGUACAACCAAAGCAUUCUGAAACCUUGUACCGGAGAGCAAGUCCCUGCGUGCUCUGCUAAAAAAGAGCUGUGUGCUGGAGGUACCUCACCCACCAAGGAGGGGACUUACUUGAGAGAGGAGAAAGUUGGUGCACAGAGAUGGACACAAAAGCAGGAACUUGAAACCCAAGACACAGAGAAGGAUAACCUAGAGACUAGCCAGCAUGAGCUCAGGAGGCCCACCAGGUGGCAGGGUCAGCAUGCAGUGCAGGAUUGCAGGCGGUGGGGAAAGCCCAAAGGAAGAGAACACGGAUCUUAUUCUAGAAUGUCAAGAGGUCGUGGGUGGACAAAACCCAAAUCCACUGCAGAGCCACAGGUUCAAUAGACCAAAGG